UCUACAUUUCUAUUGCUAAACAGAUUUAAAAUAUGGAGCCAGUUCUGAAUUCACUUGAUGCGAAAAAACAAGCAUGCGAUAUUGAAAAAUCUAAGGAUGAUGGUGAUAAUAGUGUUGAAAUUAUUUCUUAUGGUGCAAUGUUCAGUCCAUACAAGUCUAAGCUUCAACGUCAAUUUAGUGAAGAGGAUCGGAAGUAUGAGAAUCAAAAGAAAAGAUCUAAGAGACUCUCUGAAUGGAAAUGGGUCGAGCUUAUAAAUUUAGAUGAUUCUGAGGACGAUGAGAAAGAAGAUGAAUUAGAUGAUACUGCUGAUUCGAGCACAAACAAGAAAAACGGAUCAAAAAAGUAGAGAUUUUAGAUGAAAUAUAUCAAGUGUUUUUAUGUUUUUUUUUCAUUUUCAGUUGUUUUUGUUUGAUAUAGACUAUCCCGUGAAUAAUAAAGUUUAUUUUAUAUUUGAAGUUUAUGUUUUGUGU